AUGAAAAUUUUGUUUGUACUUUUAGGAAUUGCUAGUGCAUUUAAUUAUGAUCCAGCUUUAGCUAAUUAAUUAACAGCAUUUUCUUUUGCAGCUUACUGUAAUUUAGAAGACAUUUUAAAUUGGAAUGUUGGCACUAUAAGUGAAUAAUAUCCUAACUUGAGUAGAAUAUAAAUAUUCGAGAAUACAGAGCUGGUAUUAUAUAUAUUUUAAUAAAAAAUAGGAAACAAGGGGUUAUAUUGCUUAUAAUCAACAUUCUUAAGCUAUAACAGUUGUAUUUAGAGGGUCAUAAAACUUAAAGAAUUUCAUUGCUGACAUAGAUGCAAAGAAAAUUGAAUUCAAUCCUAUAUGCAAAUGUUAAGUUCAUGAAGGUUUCUUUGCAGCCUACACAUCUUUGAAAAUUCAUUUAGAUGUAUUACUAGGAGAGUAUAGAAUUAAAUAUCCAUAUGCUAAAUAUCAUAUUACAGGACAUUCAUUAGGAGGUGCCAUGGCUACAUUAUUUGCAAGUGAAUUAUCUAUGAUAGGUAUUAAAGUGACACUUGUAACUGUUGGUUCUCCAAGAGUAGGAGAUUCAGAUUUUUAUGAUUGGUUUUCAACAUUAAAAGUAACACAUUCAAGGUUGACUAAUAAAAAAGAUGUUGCACCUCAUUUACCACCUGGUAAAUAUGAUUUUGAACAUGUUAAUACUGAAAUUUGGUAUAAAGAUGGAAUAAAUUAUAUUGUUUGUCAAGAAGUAAAAGGAGAAGAUCAUUCAUGUUCAGCAUCUGUUUAAUAUCCAAAUUUGAAUGAUCAUUUGACAUAUUUAGGUUGGUCUAGUAAUUCUUGUCAUUCUUAAAUGAUAGUAUGA